AUGGCUCUAGGAUGGCCUUGGUGUCGACCAAUAGCAACGCUCGACGUGCCUCCGGAAGUGCUGGCGGCAGCGCCGCGCUCUCUCUGCCUCCUGGUCCUUCUCCACUUCCGCCUCCGUGUCCCUGUGCUCCGAGUCUCUGCCGACGGCGCAAGGGCGAUGGAGCUUCUUUGGCUGGCUGAAGCGUCCGUGGCUCUGGCGGUCUCCGGGCUGGUCCUGGUGAGGGGGGACGGGGCGCGGGGUCCUAGUCCUGGAGCUUUUCUCCUUUUCCCCAGCCUGGUCUUCUUUCCAUCCCUCGCCAUCAUCCCCCUCCCAAGCAAGAGGACCUCUGAGCUCGCGCAGAGUGCCUUUCACUAACCGCCGAGUAGCCCCUUCUCAUGACUGUGGCGCUUGGCAUCCCCAGGCCCUGCAGCUCACAACUCCUCUUUAUAUGGGAUUUAAGCGGCUGGAGCCUGUAAAACGGCAGUGACCCCAAAGGAGGGCUGUUUGCAUUUCGCUUUGAGGGGUUUUGUUGUUCUUUGUUGUUGUUUCACAAGCAUUGGAUCGCAGUACAGUGGUACCUCGGGUUACGUACGCUUCAGGUUACAGACUCCACUAAGCCAGAAAUAGUGCUUCAGGUUAAGAACUUUGCUUCAGGAUAAGAACAGAAAUCGGGCUCUUGCGGCGCGGCGGCAGCAGGAGGCCCCAUUAGCUAAAGUGGUGCUUCAGGUUAAGAACGGACCUCCAGAAUGAAUUAAGUACUUAACCCGAGGUACCACUGUAUUGUAGAACUGGAAGGGACCACAAGGAUCAUCUAGUCCUGCAAUGAAAGAAUCUUUUGCCCAGUUUGGGGCUCGAAUCCACAGCCCUGAGAUUAAGAGUCUCGUGCUCUGCCCAGUUUUGGUGUAUAAAACAUUUAUAAUGCAAAAAUUGUAUUAAAUGAAUCAAUAUAUAAUAUCAGGGCCACCAUCAGAAUUUGAUUAGAAUCAGAGUUGUAGAGUCUGAAGGGACCCAUGAGGGUCAUCUACUCCAAGCCCCUGCAGUUUAGGAAUCUUUCAGACCACAACCCUCAGAUUAAGGAUCUCCUGCAGUAGAAGUCUAUGUUUCUAUGUUCAACCAGAUCAUACAUGACAGAACUGUAGAGAUGGAAGGGAACCCAAGGGCCAUCUAGUCCACCCCCUACAAUCCAGCAAUCCUGCCCACAGCCAUCCAUGGGGUGGGUUCUCACCACCAGCCUUCUGGUUAGCAGCCAGACAUUGACCUUUUGCGCCACUGGAGACCAGUAAUUGAAAUGCUCCCCACCCCUUACCAAUAUAAUCUCCUAUAUUUUAUACAGUGGUGCCCCGCAAGACGAAUGCCUCGCAAGACGGAAAACCCGCUAGACGAAAGGGUUUUCCGUUUUUGAGUUGCUUCGCAGGACGAAUUUCCCUAUGGGCUUGCUUCGCAAGACGAAAAUGUCUUGCAAGUCUUGAGAUUUUUUUUUCGCUUUUCGCCCCCUUUAUCUAAUCUGCUAAGCCUUUAAUAGCCUUUAAUAGCCUUUUAGCAGCUAAUCUGCUAAGCCUUUAAGCCUUUAAUAGCCGCUAAACCGCUAAUAGCGCUAAUCCGUUAAGCCGCUAAUAGGGUUGCUUCGCAAGACGAAAAAACCGCUAGACGAAGACUCUCGCGGAACGGAUUAAUUUCGUCUUGCGAGGCACCACUGUAUUGUGCUUUGACUUGCUGAUCUUAAUAUUUUUUGAUAGCAGGCCAGAGAAUUACUGCUUUUAUUACUAUUGUGUGGAGGAGGUCAAUAGCCAUGAAAAGUCUCCACAGGAAUCUGAAUCCAUGCCCACCUAGCCUUCAUCCCAGGAGCCUGCUAUAAUAGGAACCUGCUAUAAAUUAACUUCAGCCUCUUUUGUUUCUUCCUCUCUUCAAUAAACUUAAAUUGACUGGGCUAUGAAUAUAUUGUAGUUUCUUCUUUCCCAACUUUACUCUUGGAAAAGGCGAAUGAAUCUUUCCCAAAUGACUGACAGGAAUCUAUGUUUGCUGUCUGUAGCUAGAUGCCAGUCAGCUGAUUGGAGCCCUAGGAUUUGAAAAUGUAGCAUAAAGGCUUUCUCGUUAUUUCAGGCAAUUUAAAGGAAACAGGCCACAAAGAAAAAAAUACUUAAGUUCUAGGUAGACAGCAAAGCAGGAGCUCAGAAAUUGUGAGGGUCUGAUCUAAUUUUACACGUUGUGUCUACACCAAGUUGCUUUUGUGCAAUUGCAAGAGGCACUAAUGCAACUGUUGUAAGAGCUCAAAAAUGCUGAGUUGCAAUAGCUUCUUAGGUACAUAUUCUGCUGAAAGCAGUUUCUUUCCCCACAAAACCCUUGCUUGCCAAUUGUAUUCCUUUUGAUAGUGAUAGGUACUUGGCUAUUGCAUCUUCACCCUUUCUAAUUUUAAGAGGAAUUAUUUUCUGUCUGCAGAAUGCUGUUGUGUAAAUAUUAUAUAACUCUUAACUGGAAAUCUUCCCCCCCCUCCCAGAUUGCUGUCAUUGCCCACAUAACUGCAACAAAAGUUCCAAAUCUUAAUCGACACGAGGAUGAAAAAUACUUUUUGAAUGCUGAAAAUGAGAAGGAACAUGUGCCCAGCAUCCAUGAUCCCCCAACACGAAACCUUUCUGUAGUUGUGCCUUCGUAUAAUGAGGAAGAACGGUGUAAGAAUAAGUCCUUGUUUUCCUUGUGUGCAUGUAUAACAUUGAAUGUUGUCUACCUUUUUUAAUUUUACCUGUUCAGCAUUUACCUGUUGGAAUGAAUUCACGACAGACGAGUGGCAGGUGUCAUAUGAGAGGCGUCUGCCGGGGCAAGCCCCGGGAACUCUCUUUUAUUGAAUAUUACAAACAUUGCCACAGGUGUGCUUGUGGCUGAUUGGUUGAUACAAACACAAAGCAACUUGUUGCUGAUUGGUUAACAUAGGUACAAGGCGGGAAUUACAUAUAACAUUUAUCACCGAUAGAUUAAAGGCUGGGAAACGGAGCUGGAACAAGACAGGCAUGAAACCUCCUAAUUAAAUUAUAACUAAAGAUUGAUAUAGCAUGACUAAAACAAUUACUAAUGAUUGAUCAUAACAUGAAAGAAUAUAAUAAUCGAGUUCCGUAGAUGUGGUCAGCUGUGCAUUAAGAACAGACCAUAUUGUUUGUUCAUGAACUUAAGAUGAACUGAAGAAUGAGGGAAUGUCUUGGUGUUUAGAACAGGUUUGUACAGUGUGUGCAGAAGCAGAGAAAAGAUUAUAAGCGAGACUUCCCAGAAUGCAAGAGAAAAGAAGCAAUACUUCUCCCAUAAUGCCACAGUUAUGUGCAGAAAGAGAACUUCCCUUUACUCAAACCAGAUCUGUGGUUUUAUUUCCUUCUUUUUCUCACAGUACCAUCGAUGCUGAAUGAAGCUUUGGAUUACCUAGAGAAGAGACAGGUAUUUUUUAAAAAAUCACACUUAAUUGCAAUAUUUAAUAACCAUGAGAUAAAAAUAUCAUUUUGCUCCUGUUCUAGUCACUGUGGUAAGAGAACAUAUGAUGCUAAGGCAAAUGCACAAGAUCUGUGUUUCCUUUCCAGAGGCAAGAUCCUGCAUUCACAUAUGAGGUCAUAGUUGUUGAUGACGGCAGCAGAGAUCAAACCACAAAGGUAGGAGACAUAUUUAGGACUCGCCGAUUCUAAAUAUAUUGACAGUGCAAACAAAGGUAGAACAUAAACAGAAGUUCAUAUUUUCUGUUUUCGUGAUUACAAUUUUGAGGGACUGACUCAAGGCAGUUUACAUUUGGGGCUGCCCCUCAAGGGGAUGACACUAGCUAUUUAUGUGCAUAUAUAUAAAAAAAAUCUCUAUUGGAUUUCUGUGAAUUUGUACUUAAGGUGCCUCAAGCACAAAUUCUGAGAAAAUUAAUAAUUAAAUAAUAAUUUGAAAUGGAUUAAUAAAGAAAUAAUUUAGCUGUCUGGUUUCACCUUGAUAAACGUGUCCUAUUUAUGCAGAUAUGACUAACCACAGAUGUGAAUUUGGUUUCCUUAAAAUAACUGUUAUUAGAGACUUCUCCAAGUUGCUUUGCUGCUUAUAAAGGGUCACCAUUUUCUAAAGAUUAAUACCAGCAUUAUACCGUUUCAGGGCUGGGUUAGUGCCAUGGUCUGUGACAUUGAAUUCAUGCAGCCUCUGUCUUUAUACAUGAAAAAGCAUUUUUUAAAAAAAGUAGAGGCUUUUCUUCUUCUCUUCCCUUUCACUAAACAGAUACAAUUAUUUUCUACCCGACAUGUUCAGUGCUUGGGCUAUACUGCCAUCCUCUUUCUUUUCUCUUUAUGUGCCAUCCCACAUUACCAAAACACAUUAUUCUUGUUACGUCAAUAACAUAAGAUUUUUCAUACACUUUCCUCUCUUCAAGUUCUGCCAAAGGACACUUUCCCCCCUGAUAGGUCUAAGAACUGAAUAUACAAAUCCUAUAUAUGAGCACUGAAAGUAGAAGGUGUUACACAAAUAUCUACUUACCUAUUUUAUAUGUUCCCAGUCGGGGAAAUAGAAUUUUUGUUUUCAACUCUAGUGAGGAUAAAAUUGAACUGAAAGUGAGACAUUUGGCAUGGGAAAGGGAAGAGAACUCCAUGUAUCUGUCUAGCCUCACAUUCUUUUAAGCACACUUAAGCACAUAAAUAUGAAUAUUCAUUCAUAUUUAAUGUAGGCUUUGUUAUAUCAUUAAUAUAAAUUAGGAGAGAAGGAGACAUUCAGUUCCUGUUUGUGAUUGCUAUUCUCUUAUUCUGAUUUGCACAUGCCCUGUAGGUUGCGCUGAAGUAUACCCAAAAAUAUGGUAGCGACAAAGUGAGAGUCCUCCCUCUGGUGAAGAAUUGUGGAAAGGGGGGAGCUGUUAGAAUGGUAAUGAAUUUAUGCAGUUUUCCUUUCUGUAAUAUCUUAAUUAUUUUCUUCGUGAAAGCAAACAUUUUCUUCACUGAGCAUUUAGGUUAAUUUUGAAAUAAUACUGCAAAAACCCGAGUAUUGGCAAAUACAGCAUGCCCCCAACUUGCACAUAUUUAACUUUUGCACAUUCAGCUUUAUGCAGUUGGGGGGGCAUUUAAAAAGUGGGUGGGCAUCUGGGGGAAAAGACCUUGGCAAUCCCAUCCACCAUUGAACUGAAUGUAGUUUGACUGUACGCAGUUUUGGCUUUGGGUGCAAUCCCAGGAGCCUAACCCCCACAUAAGUUGCAGGCUUACUGUGGUCAUUUUCUAUGAAUUUCCAUAUGUUACGAGAGCCUAUGGUGAUCAUUUUAUCCUAGAGUGAUCAUUUUUAUAAGAUGGGCAUGAAGUAAUCUGCAUCUCUGUAUUUUAUUACUAUAAUUCAUUUGGUACACUAUUUGUAUUUGUAUCAAACCGUUCCUGACACGAGUCUUGGGAAGAAGCAGAACAGAAACCUGGAAUUGAAAGGAUAUACAUAUAAAGGUUUCAUUUCUUUGACAUCUGAGCUGUUCUGCAUUUGAUUUCUCUGCCUACCCAAAAUGCUUUGAAGUAUGCCGAGACCACAUAACACCGGUCUUGAAAGACCUACAUUGGCUCCCAGUAUGUUUUUGAGCACAAUUCAAAGUAUUGGUGCUGACUUUUAAAGCCCUAAACGGCCUCGGUCCAGUAUACCUGAAGGAGCGUCUCAACCCCAUCGUUCUGCCUGGACAUUGAGGUCCAGUGCUGAGGACCUUCUGGCGGUUCCCUCCCUGCGAGAAGCCAAGUUACAGGGAACCAGGCAGAGGGCCUUCUCGGUAGUGGCACCAGUGGAACGCCCUCCCACCAGAUGUGAAAGAGAAAAACAACUACCAGACUUUUAGAAGACAUCUGAAGGCAGCCCUGUUUAGGGAAGCUUUUAAUGUUUAAUAGAUUAUUGUAUUUUAAUAUUCUAUUGGAAGCCACCCAGGGUGGAUGGGGAAACCCAGUCAGAUGGGCAGGGUAUAAAUAAUAAAUUAUUGUUAUUAUUAUUAUAUUACAUUCAAAAUGCAAAGAAUUAGGCUAAUACAUGCAGGUGGAGGGGUGGCUCUGUCAAAGAGAUUUGAAGUCCUGUAGUUUUGCAGCAUAAUUUGCCGAAUAUGCCCUAAUACAAGACUUUUGAUCAUUCUUACAUACAGGGUGUGUUCAGUUCACGAGGGGAAAAAAUACUCAUGGCUGAUGCUGAUGGAGCCACAAAAUUUGAAGACAUUGAAAAAGUAGAAAAGGGUCUUGAGAGUCUGCAGCCCUGGCCUGUGAGUUUUCAUUCGGUCACAUUUUAAUUUUAUUUAUUUUCUUUUCCUUUCUGCUUCCUUCAAAAAUAUAUUAAAAUCCUGCUUUGUUUACAUGUCUGUAUGCCAAGGUACUUCUUAUACCAUAGGCAGAUCUUGCUGCUUGCAGUUCUUCAGCCCCUAAAAUUUUAGGUGUAAUCCAGAGAAAAGUUGAACACUCUUAUUUCCAACUCAAAAUCAAUAUGACUGAAGCACACAGCUUCUAGGAGAGAUUUGUGUCCCCUUCUUCUUUCUCCAUUCAAAUUAGGUAUCCCUGACUUACUCCCUACAACUUCAACUAUUUCUUGGCGAUUGCCUCUUAUCUGGUUCUGUUAGACAGAUCCACAGUUUUCGUCUUCUGACACAGUACACUGUGCCCUGCCCCAGGUUCCUCAUUUAGCCAUUUGUCAAACUCCUCUUACCAAAACCCUGUGUUCACUAACUUCCUAUUUAAGAUUCUUGCUCAAGCUAAGUGCUCAGUUUUACUUCUGCUUAUUCUGUAAGCGCUCACUGCUUGUAGUUAUGCGUCGGUGUUAGGCUUCAUGAUUCCAUAAAUUUUUAGUCUCCUUGAAUUCCCCUGUAAUUAAUAAGAAAAUGAUUUAUUAGCUAUAUAAAUAUAUAAAGGUAAAGGGACCCCUGAGCAUUAGGUCCAGUCGUGGCCGAUUCUGGGGUUGCGGCGCUCAUCUCGCUUUACUGGCCGAGGGAGCCUGCGUACAGCUUCCAGGUCAUGUGGCCAGCAUGACUAAGCCUCUUCUAGCGAACCAGAGCAGCACACAGAAACGGCGUUUACCUUCCCGCCGGAGUGGUACCUAUUUAUCUACUUGCACUUUGACAUGCUUUCGAACUGCUAGGUUGGCAGGGCAGGGCAAGUCGCGGGGAUGAGAACCGCCCACCUUCUGAUCGGCAAGUCCUAGGCUCUGUGGUUUAACCCACAGCGCCACCUGCGUCCCUUAUAGAAAUAUAUAAGCACACCUAUAUGUUUAUAUACACAUUUUACAGUAGCCCCACACUAUAGAUUUUGUCGUUGGCAUCUGUCUGUCUUGAGAGACAGUGGAGUGUGCCUCUGGGGGUGAAGUCAGACCACUGUGUUAGCAGCACUGAAGUCUCCUCCCCCAGGGUGCAAGCCUGGGCAUUAUGUAUGGAGGUCCUGAGCUGUGCAGAUGACAAGACCCCCGCUGUCGGCCCCACUGAUGGGAUCCAAAGGAAAGCUGAGCAAUACGUUUGGCACCAGCUUGGCUGUGGAAGUUGCCAGGAAGGAGGUGUACAAGGCGCCAUAUAGCUGUCUUAGGGACCCCAAUCCAAAUUUGUGUAGGGGUUUUUUUACUCAGCCUUUUCUUCUCCCGAAGAUACAGUGGUACCUCGGGUUACAGAUGCUUCAGGUUACAGACUCUGCUAACUCAGAAAUAGUACCUUGGGUUAAGAACUUUGCUUCAGGAUGAGAACAGAAAUCAUGCGGUGGCGGCAGCGGGAGGCCCCAUUAGCUAAAGUGGUGCUUCAGGUUAAGAACAGUUUCAGGUUAAGAACGGACCUCCAGAAUGAAUUAAGUUCUUAACCAGAGGUACCACUGUAUACAGAAAGACAACAGAGGUUUAGGAUCAGAGUUUCCUUCACCAAGAUGGGCUCCUUUCCAAUGUUGACGAGCCCCACCUGCCCUUCACUUCCCUCUACAUCACAUGCAGAAACCACCUUCUUGACUGCUGGACCCACUAUUGGUCUCGUUCUAUGUUAUGUUAAUUGGUAACCCCAUGAUUGCAUGAAUCUUGGUGUCACAACUAUCCCUUACCAGCAAUGGGCAUGGUUGAGGUAUCAGCUGAAUGUGUUCAUAGGUAUUCCUUGCUGCAGAGGCAUGGUUUGGUGUAUGUUUCUUAACUGUUAAUGUAUUUUUUUUCCCUUUUAGGACCAGAUGGCUAUUGCCUGUGGCUCUAGAGCUCACUUGGAGCAAGACUCCAUAGCACAGGUAAGCUUCCGUUUGCUAGUUCUUUGGCUGGUGGUCCUUUGCAGUCAGAAGAAGUGGAGUACAUGCCUUCCUACGCUCAGCUUCUAGCCCCCUGUAACUUGCAUGAUUUAAAAAUAAUAAUAAUAUGAGAUUAGACAAGACCUUCCCCUCCCUGGGAGCUGCAAGGGUUUGUUUUUUUUGGGGGGGGGGGAAUAGAGGCUAGUCCUCCAGAUGAAGACUGUCUAGGUAGACCAUCAGAACUCGUUGACUUCCCACUGCCUUGCUUCCUUUUGAUUGCCUGUAUCUUCAGCAACAGCAGUCUGAAACUAUGCACAUGAGAACAACUGGGGACUUGGAAAAACUAGCUGAAAUUGGCUUUAGUUUAAUGCUUGGUUCUGCUAGUUGCAGGGUUGUAUUUGUCCAUUUUAAAUUAUUCUAGUGUUUUAUUAGAACAAUGGCUUGUACAGUGGUACCUUGGGUUACAUACGCUUCAGGUUACAGACUCGGCUAACCCAGAAAUAGCACCUCGGGUUAAGAAAUUUGCUUCAGGAUGAGGACAGAAAUCGUGCGGCGGUGGCGGGGUAGCAGCGGGAGGCCCCAUUAGCUAAAGUGGUGCUUCAGGUUAAGAACAGUUUCAGGUUAAGAAAGGACCUCCAGAACGAAUUAAGUACGUAACCAGAGGUACUACUGUACUCGUAAGCAGCAGCUAUCAGCGAAAGAUAAGUUGGCAAAACUUUCACAUGCACCCUUUGAGUAAAGAACACUUAAAAAGUUGGAUAUAACAUAUUCAAAAGCGUUACUGCAGGUCUAUAUUGUGUCAGCACUUCUACUUGUACAUGUUGAAACUAUAAUGGAUUCUGUGUUGUCAUUUCUUUUAAAACUUAAGUCACAAAAAAAUGUACAGUAUAGGCAUUAUGAACAUUGACAUUAUAAAGUGACUGGACAUAUUGAGCUAGUUCCUGUGCUAUCUUACCUUUUCUGCAGCGGUCUUAUUUCCGUACACUUCUCAUGUAUGGAUUCCACUUUCUAGUAUGGUUCCUCUGUGUUAAGGAAAUCAAAGACACCCAGUGUGGUUUUAAACUAUUAACCCGUGAGGCCGCUUCCCGGACUUUUUCAUUCCUUCACAUAGAGCGCUGGUAGGUAUCGCCCUCAGUUUUAUUUGAUUGGAAAUGGCAGUUGGAGCUAGUGAUAUAUGCAUUUUCAAGAGCUUAGUUCAUGUGUGUGCUGUGCAAUGUUAUUGCUGGGAUCUCGAGUCCCCUUUUCAGGCACAUGCCACAGCUUUUGCACAUUUAGUUGGAUUUCUUACUUUUGUAAUCAAGGAAGCUCCUAAUCAACGGGCGAUUUAUGGAGAUAUAAUGUGAUGUCCAAUGUUAGUCAUAUUUUGAUUUCUGUACAUUGUGUGUUGUAAUUGCUAGUAAUCCACCCUGUUAUAAAGUCCAUCUUUCUAAAAAUCUCAUCACGCCAUCAAUCAAUUGAAUAUUUCUGAGAUAUUAGAUGAGGCAAGGAAAGUACAAAUGUUUGCCUAGGCUGCCUUGAAUGUAAUGAAAGCAAAACAAAAAAAGGCUGAUACCCAUGCAGACGACUGCAAAUUGGAAUAGGUCUGUACUGCCUUUAUUUUAUUGGCAAUUGUCCCUCUUUUAACACACCUAGAAAUACUAGCUUCUUUACAGAGGAAGAAGAAAGGCUGAAAAUGCGUUUUCAGUUUUUUUAUUUCACCAGAGAGAAAAUAGCGAGUUGCAACAUGUAUACCUAUAUCAGUUUUAUUCCAGUUCUUUGUUAUGCUCAGAAGGCGGUCAGUAAUACAAGCAUAAAAGAUUUGUGAUUUCAUCACAGUACUGAACAUUCAUUCUGUUCUGUUGCAGGGCAUUUGAUGUGGAACUUCUGUAUAUAGCUCAGUGCUUUAAAAUACCAAUAGCAGAGGUCGCUGUCAACUGGACAGAAAUUGAAGGUCAGUCAGUCGUCAACACUUUUCUGUCAAUAGGGAUUAUUCUAGAAAGCAGUUAGGCCAAUUCCCCAGGAGACUGAACAUUCGCCUUUAAUGUCAGAAUAUUAAAUAUGGUCUCCACAAAACCCAUCUGGGGCAGUUACCAAAAAAUGAAGGUCGCUGCCUCCAUUCAAUGCUUGUUUUGUAUGUUCUCUCCUGCCCCUUAACCUCUUAGUAGGAUUUAUACUUCAUGUUAAUACAUUCCAUGUACCUGUGGAAAACUGCAGACUCAACCAGAAUCCCUGAGUAGUGUCUUCUCUAUGACAGCGUACAGUCACCUCGCAGUGGGUGGGGCAGUGGCUGCAGAGCAUUCACUCUUCCCCAUGUAUCCAUGCUUAUUAUUAUUUUUUAUUAUCCUUUAUUGAAUUUAUAUACCGCCCUAUAUAAAAGCUGGUCAUCUUUGUUUGGGUCAGCGCAUAUAUAUAUAUAUUCUUAUUGUCUCCUGUGACAUCUUCUGGCCAUAAAAAGCGACUAACACUUCUUAAAUAUGUCUAUUUAACAGCUUACAUAUUUUUUUCUGUAUUUAAUCACCAUAGGUUCUAAGUUGGUUCCAGUCUGGAGUUGGUUGCAGAUGGGCAGGGACCUUCUUUUUAUACGACUGCGAUAUCUGACUGGUGCCUGGCAGCUUCGAACAAGAAAAAUUAAUUAGGUUAUUUAUACUUACCAAAUGGGUUGUUUGAUACAAAGACUACAGCGAAUUAUUUCUACAGUAUGAAAUAAGGAAAAAGCCGGGACUAUUCUUCAUUACUGUUGUUCUGUGCUGCGCCUAUUUUUUAAAAAAAUUGCCAAGAAUGUGGAUGUCCUAUAUAAUAAGCCUUUUCAAGUGUUGGGUGUGGUUUUUUUAAGUUUUGCAACUGGGAGUCAGUCUUUUUACUUUUGUAUCAGCAUUUUCCAUUUUCACAAAUUAUUAUUUCACAAAAUGUACAGCAGAAAUUAAUACGUGCUAAAAAAUCCCAUGGACUACUUUUUUAUUAUAAAGUCUGCCAUUGCGGUUAGCCAAAGCUUUGUUCUUUGUAUAUUAAUGUACAAGAUGUCAGUUUCAAUGGGGAAGCCCCUGUGUAUGAGAUGUCUUCAGUACCCGCAGCGAACCACUUAAUUUGGGCGUCCGUUUCUGUACUUGAACUGAUCACUGGCAUUUUAGAAUGACACCAUCCAUUUCUAGAAUUGCCAAGGAUGAUGUAGACGUUUUUACAUUAAUUGGAGGGAGUUCUGGACACAUUUCAUUUGCUCAUUGAAUUCAGCAGCAUGUAUUUCUCUAAAUGUACAUUUGUGAGCUAGAAUGGAUUUCCAAUAAACCCAAGGAGUUCAGAAGACAAGAAAAUGUUUUUGUGACAGGCAUCAGUUUUCUACAGUAAUUUUUAUCAUGUUAAAAUUCCACCAAAUUGUCAAGGCAUUAUCUCUAAAUUAUGGAACAUUAAAGAUAAAAUGGUGCUGUCAAA